UUCCAACACACCUAGAUUCGGUUCGGACCCGCUGACUAUCGGGCGUACCUCCCCGCAUCUACGAAAACCAUCUCUUGUUACUUCACCGUCCACUGAUACAAAAGUAAACAUGCCGUACACGCACCACAGCCACUCCGGCCAAUUCUGCGGCCACGCCAAGGGUACACUGGAGGAGAUGCUUCAAACGGCUAUAGAAAAAGGCUUUCAAACGUAUUCGAUGACGGAGCACAUCCCUCGGCCGAUUGAAGACUUUUAUCCCGAAGAGACCAAGGAACACACUCCCGAAUCGUUGGUGAGGCUAUUUGACGACUAUCUCACGGAGGCUGCCCGCCUGAGGAAAAUCUACUCCCCGGAAAUCAAGAUUCUAAUCGGCUUUGAAUCCGAAUGGAUCCGGCCGUCCACCCUUCAGAUGAUUCGUGACGUACAAGGGAAGUUCUCAUUCGAUUUUUUCAUGGGCUCGAUUCACCAUACCCACACGAUACCGAUCGAUUUUGACCGAGCAACGUACGAGCAGGCGAGGGAUGCUGCCGGCGGGUCAGAUGAGCGUCUUUUCGAGGACUACUUUGACGAGCAGUACGAGAUGCUACAGGCUCUUACACCGCCCGUGGUGGGGCACUUUGAUCUCAUUCGGCUGCUGAGUGACCACCGGGAUGAUCAAUUCAAGGAUAUGAAGGGGGUUUGGGAAAGGAUGCAUCGUAACCUCGAGUACAUUGCAUCAUACGGAGGUGUUUUGGAGCUGAACGCAGCUGGACUACGCAAGGGACUCGCUGAGCCAUAUCCAUGCUUGCCUAUUUGUCGGGACUUUCUCAAGAUGGGAGGUCGGUUCGCCAUGAGCGAUGACAGCCACGGCGUCGACCAGGUCGGCACCAAUUACUCCCGCUUGCUCGACUACAUUGGAAAAACAGGCAUCAGGGAGAUGCACUAUGUGGACAGCGACGCCCCGUCCACGGACAGCCGUUUCCCCCACGCUGGCUUCUCUAGUAUCUCGGUGGAGGACCUUUGCCAGCUUCCGUUCUGGACUAGAGUGCACGAGUGA